GAGAAUCUGGCUUGUGAGAAGGCGAAUCUGCACAUGUACCAUGGAGACGCUCCGGGAAAGAGAGCCGGCCCACCUGCCUGAAGGAGGCCGGGAGAGAGAGGGGACGGAUGAGAGAAACGCUUAAGGGAGAGGGACUGGAGGUGCCCGAAGAGGAGGUCUUGAAAAGGGAAAGAGAGGCUGAACCUCGGGAAACCUUUUCGGCGGUGAAUUGAAGGAAGGAUUGCGUGUCCCGCGGAUACAGAUUUUGGACGAAAAGGUGGACAAAGGAGCAGAAAGCCACCCACCACCAUGAGCAGCACUCUGUCGCCCACAGACUUUGACAGCUUAGAGAUCCAGGGCCAGUACAGCGACAUCAACAACCGCUGGGACCUGCCUGACUCGGACUGGGACAAUGACAGCAGCUCUGCCCGCCUCUUUGAGAGGUCUCGCAUUAAGGCCCUGGCAGAUGAGCGAGAAGCCGUGCAGAAGAAAACCUUCACCAAGUGGGUGAACUCGCACCUGGCCCGGGUGACGUGCCGGGUAGGAGACCUGUACAGCGACCUCCGGGAUGGACGCAACCUCCUGAGGCUCCUUGAGGUGCUCUCGGGAGAGACACUGCCGAAGCCCACAAAGGGUCGCAUGCGGAUCCACUGCCUAGAGAACGUGGACAAAGCGCUGCAGUUCCUAAAGGAGCAGAAAGUGCACUUGGAGAACAUGGGCUCCCAUGACAUCGUGGACGGAAACCACCGCCUGACUCUCGGGCUGGUCUGGACUAUCAUCCUUCGAUUCCAGAUCCAGGACAUCAGUGUGGAGACAGAAGACAACAAGGAGAAGAAGUCAGCCAAGGAUGCCCUGCUGCUGUGGUGUCAGAUGAAGACCGCCGGGUAUCCCAACGUCAAUGUGCACAACUUCACCACCAGCUGGAGAGAUGGACUGGCCUUCAACGCCAUCGUGCACAAGCACCGGCCAGACCUGCUGGAUUUUGAGUCCCUGAAGAAGUGCAACGCACACUACAACCUGCAGAACGCGUUCAACCUUGCGGAGAAGGAGCUGGGACUGACCAAACUGCUGGAUCCGGAAGAUGUGAAUGUGGACCAGCCGGAUGAGAAAUCCAUCAUCACGUACGUGGCUACUUACUACCACUACUUCUCCAAGAUGAAGGCCUUGGCCGUGGAAGGCAAAAGAAUUGGAAAGGUGCUGGACCACGCCAUGGAGGCAGAGCGCCUGGUGGAGAAGUAUGAGUCCCUGGCCUCAGAGCUUCUGCAGUGGAUUGAGCAAAUGAUUGUGACCCUGAAUGACCGGCAGCUAGCCAACUCCCUGAGCGGCGUCCAGAACCAGCUGCAGUCCUUCAAUUCCUACCGCACCGUGGAGAAGCCUCCCAAGUUCACUGAGAAGGGGAACUUGGAGGUGCUGCUCUUCACCAUCCAGAGCAAGCUGCGGGCCAACAACCAGAAGGUCUACACUCCCCGCGAGGGCCGGCUCAUCUCCGACAUCAACAAGGCCUGGGAGCGGCUUGAGAAAGCCGAGCACGAGCGCGAGCUGGCACUGCGCACGGAGCUGAUCCGCCAGGAGAAGCUGGAGCAGCUGGCUGCCCGCUUCGACCGCAAGGCUGCCAUGCGGGAGACCUGGCUCAGCGAGAACCAGCGCCUUGUGUCCCAGGACAACUUUGGGCUGGAGCUGGCCGCAGUCGAGGCAGCAGUGCGGAAGCACGAAGCCAUCGAGACGGACAUCGUGGCCUACAGUGGCAGGGUGCAGGCGGUGGACGCUGUGGCCGCGGAGCUGGCGGCCGAGCGCUACCACGACAUCAAGCGCAUCGCUGCCCGGCAGCACAAUGUGGCGCGGCUCUGGGACUUCUUGCGGCAGAUGGUGGCUGCCCGGCGGGAGCGGCUCCUCCUCAACCUGGAGCUGCAGAAGGUGUUUCAGGACCUGUUCUACCUCAUGGACUGGAUGGAAGAGAUGAAGGGCCGGCUGCAGUCUCCGGACCUGGGCAAGCACCUGGCCGGCGUGGAGGACCUGCUGCAGCUGCACGAGCUGGUGGAGGCGGACAUCGCCGUGCAGGCUGAGAGGGUGCGGGCCGUCAGCGCCUCUGCUCUGCGCUUCUGCGACCCGGGCAAAGAGUACAGACCCUGUGACCCGCAGCUGGUGUCGGAGCGGGUGGCCACCCUGGAGCAGAGCUACGAGGCACUGUGCGAGUUGGCAGCGACCCGGCGGGCCCGGCUGGAGGAGUCGCGGCGCCUCUGGCGUUUCCUCUGGGAGGUGGGCGAGGCGGAGGCCUGGGUGCGGGAGCAGCAGCACCUCCUGGCCUCAGCCGAGACCGGCCGGGACCUGACCGGCGUCCUCCGCCUGCUCAACAAGCACACAGCCCUGCGGGGCGAGAUGAGCGGCCGGCUGGGUCCCCUGAAGCUCACCCUGGAGCAGGGCCAGCAGCUGGUGGCUGAGGGCCACCCCGGCGCAGGCCAGGCUGCUGCCCGUGCAGCGGAGCUCCAAGCCCAGUGGGAGAGGCUGGAGGCCCUGGCUGAGGAACGCGCUCAGCGGCUGUCCCAGGCCGCCAGCCUCUACCAAUUCCAGGCAGACGCAAACGACAUGGAGGCCUGGCUGGUGGACGCGCUGCGCCUGGUUUCCAGCCCUGAGCUGGGGCAUGACGAGUUCUCCACACAGGCCCUGGCCAGGCAGCAUCGGGCCCUGGAGGAGGAGAUCCGGGGCCACCGGCCAACCCUGGAUGCCUUGAGAGAACAGGCUGCGGCCCUGCCUCCCGCGCUGAGCCGGACGCCCGAGGUGCAGGGCAGGGUGCCCACCCUGGAGCGGCACUACCAGGCCCUGCAGGCCCAGGCAGGCGAGCGCGCGCAGGCCCUGGAAGCAGCCCUGGCGCUCUACACCAUGCUCAGCGAGGCUGGGGCCUGUGGGCUCUGGGUGGAGGAGAAGGAGCAGUGGCUCAACGGGCUGGCCCUGCCUGAGCGCCUGGAGGACCUGGAGGUCGUGCAGCAGAGGUUUGAGACCCUGGAGCCCGAAAUGAACGCCCUGGCUGCGAGAAUCACUGCGGUGAAUGACAUUGCGGAGCAGUUGCUGAAGGCCAACCCCCCGGGCAAGGACCGCAUUGUCAACACGCAGAAGCAGCUCAACCACAGGUGGCAGCAGUUUCGGUCCCUGGCGGAUGGCAAGAAGGCAGCUCUGACAUCAGCCCUGAGCAUCCAGAACUACCACUUAGAGUGCACGGAGACCCAGGCCUGGAUGAGAGAGAAGACCAAGGUCAUCGAGUCCACCCAGGGCCUGGGCAACGACCUGGCCGGGGUGCUGGCCCUGCAGCGGAAGCUGGCCGGCACUGAGCGGGACCUGGAAGCCAUCGCUGCCCGGGUGGGUGAACUGACUCGAGAGGCCAAUGCCCUGGCCGCUGGUCACCCGGCCCAGGCCCCUGCCAUCAACGCCCGGCUUGCAGAAGUGCAAGCUGGCUGGGAGGACCUCAGGGCCACCAUGCGGCGUCGAGAGGAGUCUCUGGGGGAGGCACGGCGGCUGCAGGACUUCCUGCGCAGCUUAGAUGACUUCCAGGCUUGGCUAGGCCGCACUCAGACCGCUGUGGCCUCUGAAGAAGGGCCCGCCACCCUGCCUGAGGCAGAGGCCCUCCUGGCCCAACACGCAGCCUUGCGGGGAGAGGUGGAGCGGGCCCAGAGCGAGUACAGCCGGCUGCGGGCCCUGGGCGAGGAGGUGACCCGGGACCAGGCGGAUCCCCAGUGCCUCUUCCUGCGGCAGCGCCUGGAAGCCCUCGGAACCGGCUGGGAGGAGCUGGGCCGGAUGUGGGAGAGCCGGCAAGGUCGCCUGGCCCAGGCCCACGGGCUCCAGGGCUUCCUGCGGGAUGCGCGCCAGGCAGAGGGCGUGCUCAGCAGCCAGGAGUACGUUCUGUCUCACGCGGAGAUGCCAGGGACCCUCCAGGCCGCCGACGCUGCCAUAAAAAAGCUGGAAGACUUCAUGAGCACCAUGGACGCCAGCGGGGAGCGGAUCCGCGGGCUCCUGGAGGCGGGGCGCCAGCUGGUGUCCGAGGGCAACAUCCACGCCGAGAAGAUCCGGGAGAAGGCGGACUCCAUCGAGCGGAGACACAGGAAGAAUCAGGAGGCAGCACAGCAGCUUUUGGGCCGUCUUCGGGACAACCGAGAGCAGCAGCAUUUCCUACAAGAUUGUCAUGAGCUGAAACUCUGGAUUGAUGAGAAGAUGCUGACGGCCCAGGACGUUUCCUAUGACGAGGCCCGCAACCUGCAUACCAAGUGGCAGAAGCACCAGGCGUUCAUGGCAGAGUUGGCCGCCAACAAGGACUGGCUGGACAAGGUGGACAAGGAAGGGCGAGAGCUGACCCUUGAGAAGCCAGAGCUGAAAGCCCUGGUGUCGGAGAAGCUGGGGGACCUGCACCGGCGCUGGGACGAGCUGGAGACCACCACCCAAGCCAAGGCCCGCAGCCUGUUCGACGCCAACCGCGCCGAGCUGUUCGCCCAAAGCUGCUCCGCCCUGGAGAGCUGGCUGGAGAGCCUGCAGGCCCAGCUGCACUCGGACGACUACGGCAAGGACCUCACCAGCGUCAACAUUCUGCUCAAGAAGCAGCAGAUGCUGGAACGGGAGAUGGCUGUGCGCGAGAAGGAGGUGGAGGCCAUCCAGGCCCAGGCAAAAGCGCUGGCCCAGGAAGACCAGGGCGCAGGGGAGGUGGAGAGGACCUCGAGGACCGUGGAGGAGAAGUUCAGGGCCUUGUACCAGCCCAUGCAGGAGCGCUGCCAGCGCCUGCAGGCUUCUCGAGAGCAGCACCAGUUCCACCGGGACGUGGAGGACGAGAUCUUGUGGGUGACGGAGCGACUGCCCAUGGCCAGCUCCAUGGAACACGGCAAGGACCUGCCCAGCGUCCAGCUUCUCAUGAAGAAAAACCAGACCCUGCAGAAGGAGAUGCAAGGCCACGAGCCCCGGAUCGCGGACCUGACGGAGCGGCAGCGUGCCCUGGGUGCGGCGGCGGCAGGCCCAGAGCUGGCUGAGCUGCAGGGAUUGUGGAAACGCCUGGGCCAUGAGCUGGAACUUCGAGGGAGGCGACUCGAAGAGGCCCUGCGGGCCCAGCAGUUCUACCGCGAUGCCGCCGAGGCGGAGGCCUGGAUGGGCGAGCAGGAGUUACACAUGAUGGGCCAGGAGAAGGCCAAGGACGAGCCGAGUGCCCAGGCAGAGGUGAAGAAGCACCAGGUCCUAGAGCAAGCCUUGGCCAACUAUGCACGGACCGUCCACCAGCUGGCAGCCAGCAGCCAAGACAUGAUUGACCAGGAGCACCCGGAGAGCACACGGAUAUCGAUCCGCCAAGCCCAGGUGGACAAGCUGUACGCCAGCCUGAAGGAGCUGGCCGGAGAGCGGCGGGAGCGGCUGCAGGAGCACCUGCGGCUGUGCCAGCUCCGCCGGGAGCUGGACGACCUGGAGCAGUGGAUCCAGGAGCGCGAGGUGGUGGCGGCCUCCCACGAGCUGGGCCAGGACUACGAGCACGUGACGAUGCUCCGGGACAAAUUCCGAGAGUUCUCCCGGGAUACAAGCACCAUUGGCCAGGAGCGCGUAGAUAGCGCCAAUGCACUGGCCAAUGGGCUCAUCACUGGGGGCCAUGCUGCACGGGCCACCGUGGCCGAGUGGAAGGACAGUCUCAACGAGGCCUGGGCUGACCUGCUCGAGCUGCUGGACACGCGGGGUCAGGUGCUGGCCGCCGCGUACGAGCUGCAGCGCUUCCUGCACGGGGCGCGCCAGGCCCUGGCCCGGGUGCAGCACAAGCAGCAGCAGCUUCCGGACGGGACCGGCCGUGACCUCAAUGCCGCCGAGGCCCUGCAGCGCCGACACUGUGCCUACGAGCAUGACAUCCAGGCCCUCAGCGCCCAGGUCCAGCAGGUGCAGGACGAUGGCCACCGGCUCCAGAAGGCCUACGCUGGAGACAAGGCCGAGGAGAUCGGCCGCCACAUGCAGGCCGUGGCCGAGGCCUGGGCCCAGCUUCAAGGAAGCUCUGCCGCCCGCCGCCAGCUGCUGCUGGACACCACGGACAAGUUCCGCUUCUUCAAGGCCGUGCGGGAGCUGAUGCUCUGGAUGGACGGUGUCAACCUGCAGAUGGAUGCCCAGGAGCGGCCCCGGGAUGUGUCCUCCGCGGAUCUGGUCAUCAAGAACCAACAAGGCAUCAAGGCAGAGAUAGAGGCCAGGGCGGACCGCUUCUCCGCCUGCAUCGACAUGGGGCAGGGGCUGCUUGCCAGGAGCCACUACGCGGCCGAGGAGAUCUCAGAGAAGCUGUCCCAGCUGCGAGCACGGCGCCAGGAGACAGCUGACAAGUGGCAGGAGAAGAUGGAUUGGCUCCAGCUUGUGUUGGAGGUGCUCAUGUUUGGGAGAGACGCAGGGAUGGCAGAGGCCUGGCUGUGCAGCCAGGAGCCGCUGGUGCGAAGCGCCGAGCUGGGCUGCACGGUGGAUGAAGUCGAGAGCCUCAUCAAGCGGCACGAAGCCUUCCAGAAGUCAGCGGUGGCCUGGGAGGAGCGCUUCAGCGCUCUGGAGAAGCUCACCGCGCUGGAGGAGCGGGAGAAGGAGCAGAGGAGGAAGAGGGAAGAGGAGGAACGGAGGAAACAGCCCCCUGCCCCGGAACCCAGGGCCAGUCUGCCACAGGGGGGCCUGGCGGACGGCCAGACGGCUCCUGAUGCCGCCUGGGAUGGAAGCCAGCCACCAUCCGCACAAGCGCCCAGCGUUAACGGAGUCUGCACGGACACAGAGGCCUCACAGCCCCUGCUGGAACAACAGAGCCUCGAGCAGAGCAGCUUCCUGGAAGGGCCUGGAUCCGGUGCCGGGGAAGAGGCUGGUGGGCCACGGGGAGAGAGGCAGACCCGGACACGGGGCCCGGCCCCUCAGACGAUGCCCCAGAGCAGGUCGUCAGAGGCCACCCAUGUUGCCACCUUGCCCCGAGGCCCAGAGCCCUCUGCCCAGGAGCAGAUGGAGGGCAUGCUGUGCCGCAAGCAGGAGAUGGAGGCCUUCGGCAAGAAGGCCGCCAACAGGUCCUGGCAGAACAUAUACUGCGUCCUGCGGCGGGGGAGCCUGGGCUUCUACAAGGAUGCAAAGGCAGCCAGCACGGGAGUGCCGUACCACGGAGAAGUGCCUGUCAGCCUGGCCAGGGCCCAGGGCAGCGUUGCCUUUGAUUAUCGAAAGCGCAAACAUGUCUUCAAGCUGGGCUUACAGGAUGGAAAAGAAUAUUUAUUCCAGGCCAAGGAUGAGGCAGAGAUGAGCUCAUGGCUGCGGGUGGUGAACGCGGCCAUCGCCACUGCGUCCUCUGCCUCCGGAGAGCCGGAGGAGCCAGCAGGUGCCCCCCGGGGAAUGACCCGCGCCAUGACCAUGCCCCCCAUAGCGCCGGCUGGGGCCGAGGCGCCGGUCGUGCUCCGCAGCAAGGAUGGCAGAGAACGGGAGCGAGAGAAACGCUUCAGUUUCUUCAAGAAGAACAAGUAGUCGGGGCCAAGACUCCGAGGCCAUCUCCCUCCUCCCUCUGUUCAGGAAACUGCCAGGGACUGUUGACAGGGACCACCCUCUUGUCAGGAUAACUGCCUGCUGCUAGGGUCUGUUGCCAGGGUCAACCCAUCACCAGAAACUGUCCCUGGGGACAAGUCAGUGUCCCCAAGGGCAGCCCUUCUCUUCUGCUAUUUAAUUCCAGACUGGUGGUGGGACCCAGGCAACCCCCAAUUCCACUCCCCCCACCUCCUCCCUCGUCCCCAGCCUUAGCCUCUGUCCCCGCCACGGUGCGGACAGUGCCAUGCCCUCAACAUGGGCCAUGUGGGGAACGGCUGCCCGCCUCAGGGUCAUCCUCCCACCACAGCUAGGGCACGCCAUUCGCGUCUGGUCCCUUGCCCCCGGGACUAGCCAGGAACCUCUCAGAGCUGACGCAGGACCUGGGGGCGGGAAUGCCAGAUGCCGGAGCUGUCCGUCCCCUUCUUCCUCAUCCUCUGACUUGAGUGGCUGCUCCACCUCCACCUGCUCUGAGUGAUUUCCAGGUGCGAGUCGUUCAGGGGCAACCGCAGCCUUGAGUCUGGCUAAGGGGGUGAUUAAACAGCUCAGCUUCUC